AUGCAGUUUUUUGACGGAUAUGGGUAUCACGGGACAUCAUUUGAACAGACAUAUCGAUGCUACUCUGCUUCAUUUAUUGAAAAGCCCCAAAUUGAAAAUGGUGAUAGAAUUAUAAUGCCUCCUUCAGCCCUUGAUCAUUUAGCAUUUCUACGGAUUGAUUAUCCUAUGAUGUUCGAACUCAGAAAUGGUGCUUCUGAGCGGGUUUCUCAUUGUGGGGUUCUGGAGUUCAUUGCUGAUGAAGGAGCUAUAUAUAUGCCAUACUGGAUGAUGCAGAAUAUGCUUUUGGAAGAGGGAGAUACCGUAAGAGUGAAAUAUGCAUCACUUCCAAAGGGAACAUAUGUUAAAUUACAACCCCACACAAAGGAUUUUUUUGAUAUUUCCAAUCCAAAAGCUAUCUUAGAGACCACUUUGAGAAAAUUUUCGUGCUUGACUACUGGAGAUACUAUCAUGGUGACGUACAACAACAAAAGGUAUUACUUAGAUGUUGUAGAAACAAAGCCUGCUAAUGCUAUCAGCAUCAUCGACACAGACUGUGAGGUGGACUUUGCUCCUUCCUUGGACUACAAGGAUUUUGGAAAGCCUAUUACUGGAGGCAAAACACAAGAUAAAGGCAAAUUCAAUCAAUUUUUUGGGACUGGAAGACGCUUGGAUGGAAAACCAAAUCCUCCCAUUUAUUCAUCAUGGCAUGAAGAGAAAGGAGCUGAAGUUCCAGGUUUGAACGCACAGUCUUCCACGACAUCUACUUCAUCAAAUUUUACUCGUCCAUACGAGGGAAAGCUAGUUUUUGGAUCAAACUUUUACCGUACAAAACAAACAGGAAAGGAAAAGAUCGAGCCCAAACAAGAGCCACCCCAUCAGAAGCAACCAAAAUUUCAGCCUUUCAUUGGGAAGAAGUAUUCCCUAAGGGGUUGA